AUGGAUCUCCCGCGGAAGGGCAGCAUCAAGUCGUACGGCGCGUCGCGCUCCGCGUCCUUCGACUUCGACCAGGACCAGGACCGCGGGCGCCGGGAGGUCGUCGUCAAGAUCAACGACGACGUCGCCAUCGCCGGCCUGGGCGCCAGCUCCUUCUCCCUCAAGGCGCCCGCCGGGCCGGCCUACACCGCCGUCCCCGUGACCGGCUCGGGCGGGUCCAGCGCGCCGGCCUCGCCCACCGGCGCGGGGAGCCGCUUCGCCGAGUCGUUCAGCUUCAAGAACCGCCCACCGCAGUCCCCCCCGUCGCCGGCGAGGGCCGAGGGGGAGUGCAGCGACGACCCGCCCGGCCGCCUCAUCGACAACUUCCUGCGGAAGCAGGCCGCUGCCGGCGGCGACCAAGCGCUGGACCCCGAGCUCGAGAUGGAGGAGAUGCGGCGGCUCCUUAACGUCCCCUCCCCUUCCCGCGUCGCCUUCCAGCAGGACCCGCGCAAGCGCUUCUGCCCGUCGGGCUCCUCCUCCUCCUCGUCCGACGGCGGCGGCGCCAACACCCGGAAGAAGGCCGCCGCCAAAGCGGGAGCAGGAGCCGACCCCGCCGAGGUGCUACGCUGCUCGUCGUCGUCCACGGCCGGCGGUCUGCUGCCGCGCUGCAAGACGCGGUCCCGGCUAAUGGACCCCCCACCGCCGUCGAGCGGGUCGACCACCGAUGGGGAGCAGCGCGACCGCAAGUCGUUCGUGAUGCAGGGCGGCGUGCCGCCCAAGUCCGGGCAGCUCCGGUCGGGCAUCCUCAACCGGUCGGGCUUCCUCGGCAAGGCCGGCGGGCACGACGUGGAGGAGGACGACGACCCGUUCGUGGACGAGGACCUCGCCGCCGACUCCAAGCCCGACACGGUGGACUGCCUCAUCAUCCUGGAGUGGGUGGGCCUGGUGAUCAUCCUGGUGCUGCUGGUGUGCAGCGUCACCAUCCCGACCCUGGCCAGGAAGAAGUUCUCGGGGCUCCACCUCUGGAAGUGGGAGGUGCUCGUCUGCGUGCUCAUCUGCGGCCGCCUCAUGUCCGGCUGGCUCAUCCGCAUGGCCGUCUUCUUCGUGGAGCGCAACUUCCUGCUCCGGAAGAAGGUGCUCUACUUCGUGUACGGCGUGCGGCGCGCCGUGCGCAACGUGCUCUGGCUGGGCGUGGCGCUGGUGGCGUGGCACCUGCUCUUCGACAAGGACGCGCAGCGGGAGCAGGACACGCACGCGCUGGUGCUCCCCUACGUCACCAAGGUGCUCUGCUGCCUGCUGGUGGCCACCGCCAUCCGGCUGGUGAAGACGCUGCUGCUCAAGGUGCUCGCCUCCUCCUUCCACGUCUCCACCUUCUUCGACCGGAUCCAGGACGCGCUCUUCAACCAGUACGUCAUCGAGACGCUCUCCGGCCCGCCCUUGGUGGACGAGAACCGCAUGCUCGCAGAGGUGCAGCGCCUGCAGAGCGCCGGGGCCAACAUCCCCAGCGAUCUCCAGGCGGCGGCCAUGCCCAGCAAGGCCACCGCCGCCGCCGCUCAGGCGCCGCCCAAGGGCGCGCGGCUCACGGCGGCGGCGUCCCGGAGAGGGGCCAGCAAGCAGCUGCAGAGGCAGAAAAGCGAUCGGCACCUGGAAGAGAGCUCCAUCUCCAUCGACCAGCUCCACAGGCUGAGCCAGAAGAACAUCUCCGCGUGGAGCAUGAAGAGGCUGAUGAAGAUCGUCCGCUACGGCGCGCUGACGACCAUGGACGAGCAGAUCAAGCACGCCACGGGGCCGGACCAGGAGGACGAGCUGGCCACGCAGAUACACAGCGAGUACGAGGCCAAGGUCGCCGCCAAGAGGAUCUUCCAGAACGUCGCCAAGCCUGGAUCCAAGCACAUAUACCUGUCGGACCUGAUGCGCUUCAUGAGGCAGGAGGAGGCCCUGAAGGCCAUGGACCUCUUCGAGGGGGCGCAGGAGCAGAACAGGGUGAGCAAGCGGUCGCUCAAGAACUGGGUGGUGAACGCGUUCCGGGAGCGCAAGGCGCUCGCGCUCACGCUCAACGACACCAAGACGGCCGUCAACAAGCUCCACCACAUGGCCAACGUCGUGGUGGCGCUCAUCGUGUUCGCGCUCUGGCUCCUCAUCCUCGGCUUCGCCACCACCAAGACCUUCGUCUUCCUCAGCUCGCAGCUCCUCGUCGCCGCCUUCAUCUUCGGCAACACCCUCAAGACCAUCUUCGAGGCCAUCAUCUUCCUCUUCGUCAUGCACCCUUUCGACGUCGGCGAUCGGUGCGAGGUCGACGGGAUGCAGGUGGUCGUAGAGGAGAUGAACAUCAUGACCACCAUCUUCCUACGGUAUGACAACCUCAAGGUCUACUAUCCCAACAGCAAGCUCGCCACCCUGCCCAUCAUGAACUACUACAGGAGCCCCGACAUGGGAGACGCCGUCGACUUCUCUGUCAACGUCGCCACGCCGCCGGAGAAACUGGCCCUCAUGAAGGAGAGGCUGAUGCACUACCUUGACAACAAGAAAGAGCACUGGUACCCUGGCUCCAUGGUCGUGCUCCGCGACAUCGAUGACACCAACAGGCUCAAAAUAUCCAUCUGGUGCCGGCACACCAUCAACUUCCAAGACAUGGGGAUGAGGUUCGACAGGAGGGAGCUCAUUCUCCAAGAGAUGAUGAAGAUCUUGAGAGAUCUUGACAUCGAGUACCGGAUGCUGCCGCUCGACAUAAAUGUUCGCAAUGCGCCUCCCAUCAAUUCCACUAGGAUGCCCACGACAUGGGCGUUGAAUUUUUGAA